AUGGAACCAGGCAAUGAUACACGAAUUUCAGAAUUUCUUCUUUUAGGAUUUUCAGAAGAACCAGAAUUGCAACCCCUCAUAUUUGGGCUUUUCCUCUCCAUGUACUUGAUCACUGUGUUUGGAAACAUGCUCAUCAUUCUGGCCACCGUCUCAGACUCCCACCUCCACAAACCCAUGUACUUCUUCCUCUCCAACCUGUCCUUUGUAGACAUCUGUUUCACUUCUACCACCAUCCCAAAGAUGCUGUGGAACAUCCAGACAGAGAGUAAAGUUAUCACCUAUGAAGAUUGCAUCACACAGAUUUAUUUUUUCACACUCUCUGCAGUGUUGGACAUCUUUCUGCUGACAGUGAUGGCCUAUGACCGGUUUGUAGCCAUCUGCCACUCCCUGCACUACAUAGUCAUCAUGAACCCCCAGCUCUGUGGACUGCUGGUUCUGGUGUCCUGGAUCAUGUGUAUCCUGAAUUCCUUAUUACAAAGCUUUAUGGUGUUGCAGCUUUCCUUCUGUACCAACUUGGAAAUCCCCCACUUUUUCUGUGAACUGAAUCAGAUGGUCCAACUUGCCUGUUCCGACACCUUUCUUAAUAACAUGGUGAUGUAUUUUGCAGCUGUCCUGCUGGGUGGUGGGCCUUUUGCUGGUGUCCUUUACUCUUACUCUAAGAUAGUUUCCUGCAUAUGUGGAAUCUCAUCAGCUCAAGGGAAGUAUAAAGCAUUUUCUACCUGUGAAUCUCACCUCUCGGUUGUCUCCUUAUUUUAUUGUACAAUGCUAGGUGUGUACCUUAGCUCAGCUACUACCCACAGCUCACACUCAAGUGCAACAGCCUCAGUGAUGUACACUGUGGUCACGCCCAUGCUGAACCCCUUCAUCUACAGUCUGAGGAAUAAAGACAUAAAGAGGGCUCUGAAAGCAUUCUUUGUGAAAGGAGCUGCAAAAUUGUCCUAG